GAGGGCGACGUGGACCGGCCACGUGGAGCAGCCCGGGGGAGGGCCGGCUGCGGGCAGCCGGGCGAGGGCGGCGCGGUGCCUAUAGCGCGCACGAAGCGGGAGCCCCAGUCGCGCCCAGCGCAGCCGCAGCAGCUCCAGUCUCCAGAAGGAUGUUGCAGUGGCCGAUGCAAGUGUUGAUGCUCCCGCUUUUGCUGCUCCCCUUGGGUCAAGCUGCUCCCAAGGAUGGAGCUGCAAGGCCUGACCCCGAUGCACCACAGCAGCUCAUGGCCAAUCCCUUCCAGCCAGGCCCCGAGCAGCUCCGACAUCUGCAGAAUUACCUCAAGGGACUAGAAAAGAUGGAAGAGGAUCCAGAGCGCAUGAACCGGGAGGAAGUCCUGCUCUACCUCUUUGCUCUUCAUGACUAUGACCAGAAUGGACAGCUGGAUGGCCUGGAGCUGUUGUCCAUGCUGACAGCAGCUCUGGCCCCUGGAGCGGAACACUUUCCCGUCAACCCGGUGAUCCUUGUAGUGGACACGGUGCUUGAGACUCAGGACCUGGAUGGAGAUGGGCUCAUGACUCCUGCAGAGCUCAUCAACUUCCCAGGAGAGGCCCCCAAGCAUGCAGGCUCCCUUCCCCCAGCUCUCCAGGAGCCACAGUCUGCUGGAGGGCUUUUAGCCAACAGUCCAUUGCAACCAGAAACCCAGCAAUCCCUGGGGGCUAGAGAAGAAAUGAGGGGCCAGGCAGAGGGUGAAAGAGACUCCUUGGAGCCUGUACAGCAGGCUGGACAUCAGACGGAGGCUAAAGUAGGUACUCUAGGCCCUGAAGGGGAGGCUGGGGGACAGGCAGAGGCUGAAGGAGCUGUCCUGGCUCCCCGAGAGGAUGCUGAGGGACAGGUAGAGAGCAAGGACAGUGAAGGGGCAGCCAAAGAACUGCCAGCGGAAACAGUGGAGACCAUGCACACUCGAAAUGAGGUUGAGGCUCACAGUAUUCAGCUGGAGAAUGAUGAGAUAUGAACUAGACAACACAGGUUCAUCUCCCUCAGAAUCUCAGUGCAGAGCGGAUGCAUGAAGAGUGGGGUGAAUAUGUUGGGAUAAGAGCCACCUCUGACAUGGGUAUGGUGGUGGAAGUAAUCGCAGAACUUGGAAGUCUACAGCAGAAGAAUUGAGAGCUCCAGGCUAGUCUAGGUUAUAUAGCGAGUUGAGGGCUGGCUGGGCUACUCUGUAAGACCCUGUCUUGAUGAGGGCAAAAGACAAAACAAACAAACAAACAAACACUCCCAUGUCUCCUUUCUGGCCUUCAAUAGGAAGCAGGACUUUCUGUGCAGCUCAGGGAGACGCUAAGCUGAAAGGCAGCGCUCAGGCCCCAACCAACCAAUAAAGAACAGAAUGAGUUUGUCUCCA